AUGAAUGUGCAAUACAACUCUGCCUUGAGGCAGAGCAAAUCAAUUCGCAGCGAGCUCGACGCGCUCAACGCCAAAGGGUCUCCGACUCCAGGCGAGAUAGGCAAUGUAUCAGCAUCAGUGUCAUCGUUCUCAAAAAUCGUCGACGAGUAUAAUCGCCUUGCUCGCCAGGAAAUUGUUCCCAAGAAACAGGAAGAAGCAUUCGAACGUGUCAAACGAUUUCGAGAGGACCUUUCCGAUUUCAGGUCCCAAAUUGAUGGGCUGAAAAAAUCCAGAGACGAGGCCCAAUACCAAAACAACGGAACAGAAUUACUGGGCAGAAGACCCUAUAACGCCACCCCCGAAAAUCCAUACGCAAGCACGCCAACGAACCCUAACCCUUCCUUCAACCCUCGUCAUACGUCGGCUGCCAGCGGGCCUUUAACGACGGGGUCUGGAGAUGAAGCGCGGGAGGCACAUGCUUUCCGGGAGCAAGCAUUCUUCCAGCAGACACAUUCGGCCCUAGAUGAUUACAUCGCCAGAGGUCAGGCUGUACUCGGCAACCUCGGUGAGCAGAGGGAGAGGCUUAAGAACACGCAGAAGAGGCUAUACAGUGUUGGGAAUACCUUGGGCAUCAGCGGGGACACCAUUCGAAUGGUGGAAAAACGAGCGCGCGAGGAUAAAUGGCUAUUCUUGGGCGGUGUCGUUGUUUUCUUCAUAUUCUGCUGGCUGGUGCUGCACUACUUGCGGUGA